GCCCCGUCUCUUUGUUACAGUGUCAGUAUCUGUCCCAUUUCCACUCGGCGUUUCUGCAGCCUCAAGUCUCACCGCUCUGUUAUUCCAUCAAAGUGUUACAGAGCUCUGGAUGAUUGCAAAGACACCAGUAUGGCUGUGAACCUCAGCAAGAACAGACUGGCGCUGCUAACAGCUUACCAGGAUGUUAUCAACGAAGCAUCACCCACUGACUGGGCUCUGUACACAUACGAGGACAACAGCGAUGACUUAAUUCUGGCUGCAUCAGGAGACGGGGGUCUGGUGGAGAUCACGGAAACCUUCGACAGCGGGCACAUCAUGUACGGCUUCUGCAGCAUGAAGGAGCCCUCCACCACCCUGCCACACUACAUCCUCAUUAACUGGGUUGGGGAAGAUGUGCCCGAUGCCAGGAAAUGUGCCUGUGCCAGCCAUGUGGCCACCAUCGCUGAGUUUUUCCAGGGGGUGGAUGUGGUCGUAAACGCCAGCAGCGUGGAGGACAUCGACCCGGCGGCCAUCGGGCAGAGGCUGGCCAACGGGACGGUCCCGGUGGCCAGCCCGGUGCUGAACCGGCUGCGAGUGAGAGACGAGGAGAAGGCGGAGACCGUGGGCACCUGCUACCAGAAGACGAACGCGGAGAUCGAGAUGAAGAAGCUCAACAGGGAGGAAUUCUGGGAACAGGCCAAGCGUGAAGAGGAGAUGCGGAAGGAGGAGGAGAGGAGGAAGGCAGCGGAGGAGCGGCAGAGGUUUGAGGAGGAGCGCAUGGAGCUGGAGCGGAGGGAGCAGGAGGAGCGGGAGAGGAGGUACCGGGAGAGGGAGCGACAGAUCGAGGAGCACAGGAGGAAACUACAGGCCCAGGAGGAGGAGGAGGCCAGGGAGAGGAUGAAGGCCCUUAUCACGGAGGUGGGCCGGGAGGACUGUAAGGAGAAGAAGGGAUCAGAAGUGGAGGAAGCGGCAGCCAUCAUCGCCCAGCGGAGGGAGAAUCCACGAGAGUUCUUCAGGCAGAGGGAGAGGGCGGUGGCUUGCAGCUUCGACAGCUCCUCCGCCUCCUACCACAGGACGGGCCGCUUGGACAGCCCGUUCUUGAAGAUGCAGCACAGUCUUCCCGAGCCCAGUCUGCACCCCUUACGCACCUCACAGGUGUUGCACAACCAGGCCCGCUUCAGACUGCACUCGGGUUCACUUGACAUUGAUAUCGAAAGGCACCUGGAGUGCAGCAGGGGGGCCACCCCGUUGGCGUCCAUCCCCAAAAUUGUCACCACACCCAUCCUGGAGGAAAGCGAGGAAACCGGGCGGGAUGAACAGGCCUCUGAUCUGGAACAGGGCACACCCCUACAGUCGGCCCCCGCCAAGCCCGUUCAGAGUGUGGCCCCGCAGGCCAGAGUCGCCGAGGACCACGCCGUCUCGGAUUUCCAACCCACCCCUCCAGAGACGGACAGCCUGCUGGACAUGUGGGAGACGUCAGAUGACACCCAGGCCCAGCCCCAGCCUCAGUCCCGCCCCCAGCCCCUCCUCAGCUUUGACGAAUUCCCAGAGGGUCCCGCCUCCUUCUGUGAGGGUCUGGGGGACGAGGAUGACCCCUCCAGCCUGGUGGAUGUGGCCGGACCCCACCAGAUGACCCUCAGCUACCAGCAUGCCCUGCAGCGGGCCUCGGGGUCCGACAGCCAAGACCUGGAUGAUGGACAGCUGCUCCUGACCAAUGGAGACUCACUGCUUAAAGAAGGGACCCAGGCAAGUGAAGGAUACUUCAGCCAAUCACAGGAGGAGGAGUUCGCCCAAUCAGAAGAGUGCUCUUCAAAAGACACCCCAAUGCCAGUGUUGUACAACAAACCUCCAGAGAUCGACAUCACCUGCUGGGAUGCAGACCCGGUGACAGAAGAGGAUGAGUACGGUGCGGCGGAGUGAUGAAGGCAAGGCGGGACAUCCUUCUACAAAGGCAUAUUGUAAUAAUGUAAUAAUGUCUUGCAUACAAAAAAUAAAACUCUGUACAAUAAAAAAAGGUGAAGUAUAUUCAGGUUAGUGUUAAAGAUGCCAGUUUAGCUCCUUUAGGCUUUUGUUUCCAAUGCUGAGUACGGCACAGUGCACACAGUAUAUGGUCUUACAGCGCGUGUGCUGCUAUGUGUCACAGAGCAGUUCCUGCUCCCAGCAGCUGCACAGAACCCCCUCCCUGCGACUUACAGAACCUGGCAUGUCUAACAGAACCCGGCAUGUCGAACACAACCUGGCACACGUUCCGUAGCUGCUUACAAAGCUUUCAUCUGUCCAUCUAAAGGCGACAGGACAAGUACCCCUCCUCCCCCCAUCCCGCACCCUAAUUUAGUCUUCAGCAUAGCAAGUCAAUGAGGAAUAUGUGAUCCAGCUGAGUUCAAACUGAGGGAUUAGACUCCACUGUUGCUCCGUGAUAAACUGUGUGUGUGCGAGUGAGUAGGAGAGUACACGUGUGUAUGCGUGAGAGAGGAUGUAUUUGUGUUUGAUAAGAAAUGGUGUUUGAGAUGGAGAGGGUGUGUUUUAGGGUAUGCAUACAUGUGUGUGUGUGUGUUGUGUAUUUUCUGGGAGUAAGAUGAGUCUGGGCAGCAUGAUCUCUAAUCUUUCAUGAAUAGAAAGACUAUUUGAAAGUGGGUACAUGUCUAAAUGUUUUGUGCAAAAGGCAUCAGGUGAUUUCUAAAUUUUGGGAGACAGACUUUGACAAAGACUCUGUGUAAUAUAUAUGUAUUUUCUUCUUAAAUUAAAAAGAGCUAUAUUUUUACCAGGCGGUUAAAGUUGAAAAAUUAUGUUCAUCUCCCCUGGCAUAUAAUAUUUCUCCAGAAAUCACUGCAUUUCACUUUACAAGGAGCUGUGAAUCAGCUUAGUAUAAUUUCCAUAUUGAACAGGAUACAUUCCCCAACCAUAUUCCACGUGUUGAAAUGCAAAAAAAAAAAAAAUCCCUCGAUUCCACCUUGAUAUGGAUGAUUUUUCCCUCUGUUUUAUCAGUAUUGCACCAAACAAAAACAGAAAGAGCACUUUGCCAAGUUUUCUUCUUUUAGAGACAUUCAGUCCAUAAACAAUUCAUGUCAGUGUUUCAUCUGCGCACUGAAAUACAAGGUGUGUGGGUGGGGGUGGGUUUGUCUCUAACUAAAGGCACUUUAACGUUUUUUAAGACAGAUGGUAUGGGGCUGAUCAAGCAAUAAAACAAUCCCUAAUGUAUUGUCAUGUGAAUAAAUAUGAUAUUUUUAGUAGUAAUAGUCAUAUUGAUGAUGUAAUUUCUAAUUGUGGCCUGUAUUUAACAUCUACAUAACGUGGUGUAGGAUUGCUGGAGAUUUUGAUGUUGUGAGAUGUGUGGGAGGGCGUAGCUUCUGUGGGGCGGGGUCAUCGAGCUCUCUUAUCCAAUGAGCGUCUUUAACAUUAACCUGUGACCUGACAUCAUUCCAGAGUGUUCUUCCCUCUCACAUUUAAACUCCAUGGUAUUUAGUUUCUCUUCUCUCACAGUGCAAGGCCCCCCCUCCCCCCACCUUCCAAAGCAAGAUUAGCGCUUUCCUUUUUAACUCUUUCUUUUUCUAUCUCUUACGUCUCUGUUUUCCGUCCUGUUCUCACACGGUUUCUGAAAAAACAAGCACAAGGUUUUGUGACAUGCUAAGAGCUGGUGUACGUUAAUAAAGGAUUCUUCCA